AGUCCCCGGGGGUCCGAGCAGCGGUCAUUGUACGCUCGCCUUCACUUGUGUAGGUGACUGGCCAACCCCGCCCCGCGGCUGCACCUAGUCGUCCCGUUCCGGGGUCUCCGCCCGGCGCCCGCGCUCCCGGGUCUCCACGAACUCCACUAUCUCCUCUUUUACAACAAAUGUUCUCUGAGCAUCAUUCACCUCUCUCCAGCCCUACCAUCACAUCCUCUCCAUGUUGAGGUCGCUCGGUGUGUUGGAUCUCCCGGUUGCUAACCUUCCCAUUCCCAUACGAACCUUUCUGAUCCGGGCUGAGUGAGCCACACGAACUGGAGGAACAGCACACCUAAUGUUCUGUGUCGGUAACUUACAACCAGAGGUGGAGUGGUUUGGUUACGAUGCCAGAACACUCUGAUGUUCGUUUAUCUCCCGAGGAGCGUGUGCGAGCCCUCACAAAGAAAGGAAGCUCUGUCGACAUCAACGAUGAUGUCCCUCUGCGGAGGUACUUCCGCUCUGGUGUUGAAAUGAUUCGCAUGGCUGCGGUGUAUGUGGAUGAAGGCAACCUGGAAAGUGCGUUCGUGCUUUACAAUAAAUACAUCACGUUGUUCUUGGAAAAGGUACCUAAACACCGGGAUUAUAAAACCAUUGUCGUACCAGAAAAAAAGGAAACUGUAAAAAAACUAAAAGAAAUUGCCUUUCCGAAGGCGGAGCUGUUGAAGGGUGAGCUUCUGAAGAGAUAUGGAAUCGAGUUUGCAGAAUACCAGGAGCAGCAGGGACCAAGCUGCAUCAUUUGGUAUCAUCAUGCUUGUAUUCCACAGCAGAGGGAAACUGAGGAGUUUGUGUCUGAGGAGGCCCGGCAGCAACAGCUUGAAGAUGAGAAACAGAGGGUGGCAAGGAUGCGGCAGCAACAAACGGAACAGGAACAGUUCCAUGCCUUUGAGGAGAUGAUCCGGCGGAAACAGCUGGAGAAGGAACGGCUAAAGGUGCUGGAGGAAUACGCAAAACCAGAAAAUCCCCCCUCUUCGAAGGACUGCCCGCUAAUACCUGGCAUUGAGAGACCACCGAACAACCGCGACCCGCUGUCGCCGGCCGCCAGCGUCUCAAACGCUGGCCCACCUGCCGUAGAUCGUUCAACAAAGCCAUCAUCCUUUGGAACCAACUGGAACAAUUUUUCUGCAGACAAACUCCGUAACGUGGUAGUUUCCAAAGACCUGUGUCAGCAGUUUCUCCAGCUCGCUGAACCCAAUACCGACAAAGGUGUGGAAACCUGUGGGAUACUUUGUGGAAAAUUGCUGCAGAAUGAGUUUACCAUAACCCAUGUGGUCGUACCCAAGCAAAAUGCUGGUCCUGACUACUGUAACACGGAGUGUGAAGAGGAGCUGUUCCUUAUUCAGGACCACAAUGCCCUGAUAACCCUGGGUUGGAUACAUACCCAUCCAACACAGACUGCGUUCCUGUCCAGCGUGGAUCUUCACACCCACUGCUCCUACCAGAUCAUGCUUCCAGAGGCUAUAGCAAUAGUUUGUUCACCGAAGUACAAUGAGUCAGGAUUUUACAGACUGACGGAGCAUGGGAUGGAUGAGAUCUCUUCCUGUAAACAGAAAGGUUUUCACCCACAUCCCAAGGAUCCUCCUCUGUUUAAUGCAUGUGCGCAUGUUUCUGUCAUGGAGACAAACGUUACAAUACUGGACCUUCGGUGAUUGCUGCCUUCUAGUGUCUUUGGUUUCCAUAGAAACCGUUAACCGUGAUGUCACUCUUGUUAGUACUUCAGGUAGAGAAUUCUGUAGCUUUAACAGUUACACAUCUGCAUCACUUUGAGGAGUUUUUGGUUUAAUUGUGACUAAUCCAAAAUACGAUUAAUAUGCCAAUUUCAAAUUCUGUCCUGUACAUAGGAUUGCCUUUAUUUAAUGCCUGCACUUCUGCACUUAACCUGAUGAAACAUGAGAGAUGAAGUAUGUGGCCUAGCUUUUUUUUCCAGUAAAUUCAUGUAAUUUGUUAACAUAUUAGAUUUAACUAUUGUGUCUUUGCACAUCAAUAAACCAAGUGUGGCCAUGUG